GGGAGUUUUAAAGUGUGCGUUACUGGUCAGCUGUUUUUAUUAGAUACAUCAGUUUACUUCAGUUCAUGCGUUAUAGAUAUUAGUUAUGUUUAAACACAUCACAUACUAUUUGAAAUCCAGUCGGUAAAAUCUGGUCAUACUUCAGGAAACCAAUAGGGAAAUAGCAUGAAAAUAUCCUGGAAAGAUAUAUAAAACAUCAGGCAAGAUAAAAAGGGGGAAAUAAAGGCUGAUUUAUGGGGGAUAAUGGGGACAAAAGCACAAAGAAAUCUUGAAAAUUUCGCCAUUUACCUUUGGCAAGCGACAAAGUAGAUAUGUCGUUGCAUGCAACCACAUGAAAGGAAUUUCUUCAAGUCUGCCCUAUUUUAUUUAGGAAUGUCCUUUUAUAUCUCUUUUAUUUGCUGUUAUUUCCCCUUUCUUUGUUUCCUGAUGGUUGUUUCGUUACGACUAUGUUCAGUUCCCCCCAUGGGAUAACUCAAAGUACUUUGAGUUCGUCUGCGUUAUUUUGGUUGUUUAGUGUUUGUGUUACAUAAUUUGAUGAUAUCUAUGGUCAAGUGUUUCUCAGGCUUAGAGUCAAAUCUCUCUAAAUGGGUAUUUACUACUAACAUGAGAGAAGUUGUUUAGUGUUGUUCAAAUUCAGUUUUCAGUUUCAGUUUGGAAAGGACAGGAGGCUUGAUGGCCUGUGUUAGUCCUGGCAAUGAUGGUCUCUCAGCUGAUCCAACUUUCUUUUAAAGGAGUCGACGGAUGGAGCCUCAACCACGUGCCGAGGUAAGGAAUUCCAAUGAAUUCAUCGCAUUCACAAACGGGUUUCUACAACGAUGUCGUUUACCAUCAACCACUUUACUUACUUACGCCUGUUACCCCUCUUGGUGGGACAUAGACCGCAUACCUGUAUUCCCCAUCCAACCCUAUCCGGGGCAAUCCUUUCCAUUAGUUAUACAACUUUUUUAUAUCUGCUUCUAUUUCCAGGCAUAAUGUGUUCUUUGACCUUCCUCUUUUCCGCUUCCCUCCCGAAUUCCAAGUUAGGGCUUGCCUCGUGAUGCAGUUUGGUGAUUUCCGUAAUGUAUGUCCGAUCCACUUUCAACGUCUUUUCCUAAUUUCCUCCAGCUUCAAGCUGGUUUGUCCUCUCCCGUAACAGACUAUUGCUGAUGGUAUCCGGCCAGUGAAUGUUGAGUAUUUCGUGUAGACAACUGUUUAUAAAUACUUAUACCUUCCUGACGAUGGAUGUAUUAGUUCUUGACGUUUCAGCUCCGUACAAUAGGACUGUCUUGACGUUCGUAUUGAAAAUUCUCACUUUGAAAUUAGUUGACAGUUGUUUUGAGUUCCAUAUGUUCUUCAAUUGUAGAAAUACUGUCCUUGCUUUGCCAAUCCUCGCCUUUACAUCUGCAUCAAUCAGAUCCUCUUUGUUUAUCAAUUAUGUUUCCCAUGCACGUGAAUGUUUCUACAUCUUCCAGAGUUUCGCCAUCAAGUGUGACUAGGUUGGUGUUCUUCAUGUUGUAUUUGAGAAUCUUGCUUUUUCCUUUGUGUAUGUUGAGGCCUAUUGAUGCAGAGGCUGCUGCUGCAUUUGUUGUCUUCGUCUGUAUUUGUUCGUAUGUAUGGGAUAGAAGGACUAAGUUAUCUGCCAACUCCAAAUCGUCUAAUUGAUUCUGAGAUGUCCGUUUUAUUCCGUGCUUCCCGUCAGAUGUCGAAGUCUUCAUAAUCCAGUCAAUCACCAGAAGAAAGAGGAAGGGGGAGAGUAGACAGCUUUAUCUGAUUGGACAUACUGAAUAAUCAUUAUAUCUCUUUAUGGGAUCAUAAAUAAAAAUAUGUUGAACCAACUGCUAUGAGUUGUAGUGAAUUCACUAUUGCAGGAAUACUUGACCUUAUUACAGGUUUCAAUUAAAGGCUUCGAUAAUUUAUUCCCAAAAUCGUUUGACCAUGGUGUAACUUUGUUGAUUAAAAACCUAAUACUAACAUUGUCGGUAUACAAAGAUGUGACGAGGCCUCAUGGACGUUCGAUAUGGUGUUGGGUUUCUCCAGCUGUUAUAACUUAUUUUUGUUGAAGUGAAACUUCCAGAGUAAUGUAUAUUACUGACUAAAUUUAUAUAGAAAAGCGCAAUUUCUUUUUUUGUUAAGAGUAGCUUUAAAAUGUCUUUAUUGUGUUGAGAACUUUGUGUUGCUGAAUAAUGAGAUUUAUUGCGUUUGAUAUCCUUUAGUUAUCCCUUUGAGGGACACUGAGCAUCUUCACCCUAUACUACUUUUCUAAACCAAGCUUAUUAUAACGAGUGGCUUCCAGUAUAUUGAAAACUGUCUCGGAUGUGAUAAAUAACGUUUACAAUUUACAUACAGUCUUGUUAAUAUCAAGUUCUCUCACUCUUUAAGUUUAUUCUACGAUCUUAUUAGGGAAAUAUAUCAAAUACUGGGCUCAUCGAGGAAAAUACUCUCAAGAAUUAUAUCAGGAAGAGUAACAAUAGCAAACAAUAUUGGUUGAAAAUACAAUAUAUUCAAAUGUAGGGAGACAUAGGUAUCGUGAGAAUUCAAAGCUGGAUUGCAACAGAAGGAAACGCGUAUCAUGUGGGCUGUGUGGGGAUAUGGAUACCAUGGUUAGCCGGGCGCCAUUAGGAAGUAUUUCCACUUAAAGCCAAAUGAAUGUUCAUUUUUUAGGAGCUUUUACGACUUCAGUUAAUUGGUGUUCUUACUGUGGUCGUGAAUGCCAUCAGAUGUUAUCAGCCAAAAAUUCACCCGAUUUGAUUGCGUCGAUAUCUAGUUAUCUAUACAUAGUGAAUAAAAAAAUAUUUUUACAUAGUCUCUUUGCUUCAUACAUUGUUGUUAUUAUUAUCUUCUCAGCAUACUCAAGCUUUAUAAACGCUAAAAGCAUUAAUUGUACGUCAGAGUAAAUUAGGUAAUACGUUCUGUUAUCCUUCAGUGUCAAGAAGGUAUUAUUAUGCAGACCUAACACUGAGAAGUAAAUUAUAAAAAAAACCCAUACAACAUUUUUCACUUAUAUUCGCACUAGUAAAUAAGGAUACAACAACGACAUUUCAGAACAAAUAACCGCUUAAUAAUAAGGACAACAAAUCCGUCUUAUACAUAGUAAUCUUUUAAGUGUUGAAACCUCAGAAUUACACUAAAACACAUAAUCCGUUUGUUUUAUGCCAAUGGAGUCCCUUAUAAUUAUCAGUAGUGUUGUGUAACAUCAUCAGUGUUUGGUGUAACAGCAAAACCAACAGAGUUAUUUCCCGAAUGCGCGUCUUACAACCAACCAAUUUUGGUAUUUCUGUAUGUUUGUAUUUUGUGUUGAUAGUUUAGUUAUUUGACUCAGCUUUGAGUAUUAUAAGUUCCUUGGUGAGCAGGGUUAAGAGCUUGAUCUAAACUAGAGUGACCUGUAUACGGUACUACAAAGUAAGUUGGAUAAAGAGAUCUAUUCAUUGGAGCACAGUUGACUGGACUCAUGAUAUUUGUAAGCUAGCUUACGUAGGCGAUCAACUCCCUGUUAAAUGCAAAGGACACGGGAUCGACUAUUUCUUCUGGAAGUCGUAACAGUAUUUAAAUUUAGGAACUCUAUGUCUUAUUCGUUUUAGGUUCUGUGUUAUUACAAAGGUUACUACCUUGUUCACUGUUAUUCAGUUGUGCUCGUACUGAGCAGGGGUUACGGAGUAACGUUUGAAAAUUAAUGUUAGAUUUUUGACAUUACUAUACACUCAUAGCAUCGCUAAAACUCUAAGCAGUUGAUUAUACGAGUCAUAUGUUUAUCUAAUUUGAAAUAAAGUUGAGUGAAGACUUUGCAUGUUUAAAACAUACAUUUUCUGCUUUGAAAUGCCACUCAUAAAGUUUCAUUAAUCCUCCUUAAGUGACAAACGUCCGCUUGGAUCUCUCAAAAUCGGUUAUCAGAAUGUAUCUUGAUGCCAGAAGUAAUCCACGUCUAUCUAGAGGUAAUAGAUAUAUACGUCAAGCAAAUGGGACCACUCAUCGUGCCUCUUCUCGUUCAGCAACAUCAGUACAUACUUACCGGUGUCCAAGUUCAGUAGCAGAUAAUUUUAACAGUGGAUCUGGACAUCGUAACCAUUAUAGACCAUGUGACCGCCUUUGCUAUCCGUAUAGGAGAAAUAAUCCGUCGAUGACUGUCAGUGGCUUUUUAGGCCCCCCUUCAAGAAACUUUGACCACAGAAGAGGUUCUCCAUAUUCCGGACAUGAAUUUGAUGGCCAUCAAAUUAUUCGGACGCUAUCAACCUCUGAGUCUCCAACCAAUCCAAACUAUUCGGUUGAGUCCACCUACCUAGUUCAAACUGGUUCUUCAGAAAGUGAUACUUCCUUGUCUUUUCAACAACGACCAAAAACUACCUUAAAAGUAAAUUGUGAGCCUAAAAAUCAUGAUAAUUUGAGAAGUAACCUUAUCGAUGGAUUGCGCAACAGCACAUAUCAGUGUAUGAUAUGCAUUUCAGAAAUUCGUGUUACUGACCCAAUAUGGUCAUGUGCUACGUGUUAUCAUAUUUACCACCUAUCAUGUAUUAGGUCUUGGGCCAAAAAAUCAUUCCAAGAACAUAACAUCGAAUCUGAUUCAUCUCCCGUUUGGCGUUGUCCAUCUUGUCAGACAACUUAUGACUUGUCUCCCCAACUAAUUUCUUAUCGAUGCUUUUGUGGACGCACUAAAAAUCCUGAAUUUCACCCUGCUCGUAUGACAAUACCACAUGGUUGUGACCAGGUUUGCAAUAAAGUGAAACGUAUAACUUCUGAAUCCAGUUUGUCUGAUUAUCAGUGCACUCACCUUUGCACAGAACUUUGUCAUCCAGGUCCAUGCCCUCCAUGUUUAGCAACCAUCACUUUGAGUUGCCCAUGUGGAAAAUCUCAACGUUCUGCUACUUGUGGUGAUCCUAAUCUUCAACCAUGUGGUCAAAUAUGUAAACGUCAACUUUCAUUUAACUGCGCAACUGGUUUCCAUACAUGUUUAUCAACUUGUCAUUAUGGCUCCUGUAAUCCUUGUCAGUGGAUAAUUGAAACAGCUUGUUUUUGUGGUCAGGAUAAUAAUGUAAAGUUGAUUUGUGGCAGUAAUGAAAUACGAAAAUGCACUUUUUCUACGAAAGAUUUACAAACUUUACGUACAAAUUUUGUGGAAUUUCAAAGUAAAAUGACCAGUAACAAUUAUUCUGAUAUUUUAAAACUUCAGCAAAUAUCAAUUACUGAUGAUUUAUCAUUAUGUGCUAAUGAUGAUUUAAAUAGUAGUUUAUCCUCUCAAUUAUCCAAACAUGAUAGCCAUAAUACGGAUUCGACUAGAAUAGUUGAUGAUAAUAAUGAACAGAUUACUUCAUCUAGUUUGCUAUCGGUUAAAAUUGGUCCUUCUUUCUCAUGUAAUCGUGUGUGUGAUCGUCAGUUAAGUUGCAAAAAUCAUAAGUGUUCAAAUUUUUGUCAUUCUGGAGAAUGUCCACCGUGUGCACUUGAUCCGGCAUGGUGUUUAACUUGUCCUUGUGGAAAAACACCCCUCACUAAAUUGGUAUCCACAGGUUGUUUAUACGGAAAUCGACAAUCUUGUACGGAUCCUUUACCUACUUGUCCUAAUAUCUGUGGACGUCCUAGACCACUAUGUGGUCAUACAUGUUCAGAAUAUUGUCAUAUUGGCCCUUGUCCUCCAUGUAAAUUAUCUAUUUCGUUAAAAUGUCGUUGUGGACAAAGUUCAAAAGUAAUAACAUGUCAAGAAUUCUCUAAAUUAUCAGAUAAAGAAGGUGUUCCUGAACUCUGUUGUCAACGUGUAUGUAAGAAGAAAUUAAUUUGUGGUCGACAUAAAUGCAAAACAUUAUGUUGUAAUGAUACUAUGCACUCAUGCCCUGAAAUCUGUGGCCGUCGAUUAUCUUGCCAAUUACAUUAUUGUGAAGAACAGUGUCAUUCAGGCCCAUGCAAUUCUUGUUGGCGUGGUGUGAUUUAUUCAGAACUAGUAUGCCGUUGUGGUCACACUAUACUGCAUCCCCCUCAGCCCUGUGGAUCUAGUGCACCUGAAUGUAAUCAACCUUGUAGUCUCGCGCAUAAUUGUGAUCAUCCAGUUAAACAUACAUGUCAUAUGGAACCUAAGUGCCCACCUUGUACAGUCAUAAUGGAUAAAGUUUGUCCAGGAGGACACGGAGUACAGUUUAAAGUGCCUUGUUUUCAAGAAGUGCGAAGUUGUGGUCGAAUUUGCAAUAAACCACUUCCAGGUUGCUCACAUCUUUGUCAGCGUAAAUGUCACGCUGGUCCUUGUUUGGAUCUAGCUUCAUCCGACGAAGAAUGUAAUACUGUAUGCAUCCAACCCUGUCAAAAACCUCGUCCUGGUUGCGGACAUCCAUGUGGUUUACCUUGUCACGAAGUCCGAAAUCAAUCAUGUUUAGAGGCUUUUACCAAUCACGGUUUAGAAAGCCAGUUGAUUUGCACUGCAUUAGUAGAUGUCGUCUGUCGCUGUGGCAAACUCAAACAAAGUCAACAAUGUCAUCAGGUGUAUGCAAAGCAAUAUCUACUUUUAGAGCAUGAACGCAAUGUGAGCGGUGCAUCAUUGACAAAUAUUCAUCCACUUUUUACUGAGCAUGAUUCUCAAAAGCCAAUACCUUUAUUAGCAUGUGAUAAUUCUUGUACUAGUUCUACAGAGUCACAUACAAACAGUCAAUAUGCUAAUACAAGCGCUUGGAAAAGAGGUUUUACAAACAGCUCUGAUGCUGAGUUGCCUAACUCAGAUGGAGAUGAAUGCCCAUUUGAUCCUCCAGAGUAUCCUGACCAAUUAAAGCAGUUUGCACUAAGAAAUUUUACUUUUGUUGAAAAUACUGAAGAACAAUUGAGAAGCAUGAUUGUGCAAUUCUUGAAAUCCAAUAUUGAACCUACUGAUCCAAAUAAUCCUAAAGAAUACCCCCGAGUUUUGACUCAUCGUUUUCCUCCUAUGAAUAAAAGGAAACGUCGAUUCAUUCAUGAUAUUGUAGAAUACUAUGGUAUAGAAGCUUGUACAUGUGAUCCGGGACCUAACUGUCAUGUAAUGGUUAUUGCGAGACGUGGUUAUUCCAAACUACCUGCGGGAUCAAUGAGCAAUCGUGGAAGCCUAACCAACGUGCUCAAACGAGAAUGUCCUGGAGUCGUGAAGCCUUCCAACGAACAACCAAAAUUGCUAAAAGAUCCUAAGACUGACUGUAAUGUAUUACCUGCUUCAAAUAUUUCGACUUUGUCUUAUGCUCAAAUAUUACGUGGAGAACUUACCUAACAAAACGGUAUUUACGGAAGACUUUCAUUCUCUGAAUUAAGUUAGACAUACCUUUCUGUGAUGCACAGUCCUCUAGAUUCCUUCGAUUUUUAUUCGAAUUAAUCCUUUUAUCCUGUUGUAUUUACAUGAGGUUAUUUUUUUAAACUAAAUAUUCAUAAAUCGCUUUAGUCACUGACGAUAUUUUCUUACAUAUAAUCCACUGUAAGUAAAUCUCUCACUACCGUAAUCCGCCUCGUAGUUUUCCUAUACUAUGGUGACAAGCUAUUUAAAAUCGAAAAAGUGUCUUCUAUUUUCUUACCAAGACUCAUAAAUAAGUGACUUAUAUAAAAGUCAAGUAAUGUAAUGUGUUCAAAUCUAAAAGAGAGCAAAGCACGUGUUGAAAGCG